CAGAGGCUAGUAGUGCGUACUUGCUUGGCUUAGGUGCUGGGCGCAGAGCACUUGCCGCCGCAUAAUAGAGGCGCGAGAAGCCAGCUGGGCCUGCUUUGCUGAUCUCGCUGCUUUUUCGAGUCAAGGGAACCAAUUGAGUGUCUGAUUUAGUCAGUUUUGACACCAAAAGGCCCCACCGGCGGAAUCAGCCGCCGAGCCACGAUGUCUAUUGCAGACGUGCUCGAGGGCAAGGAUUACUCCUUCCCUAAGGAGGAGGAGAAGAUUUUGGAGCUCUGGGAUCGCCUGGAUGCGUUCAACGAGCAGUUGAAGCGCACUGAGGGCAAGCCGGAGUACAUUUUCUACGAUGGCCCCCCGUUCGCGACUGGCCUGCCCCACUACGGCCAUAUUCUGGCUGGCACCUUGAAGGACAUCGUGACGCGCUACGCCUCCGCCACCGGGCACCACGUGACGCGCCGCUUCGGCUGGGACUGCCAUGGCCUGCCGGUGGAGUACGAGAUCGACAAGAAGCUCAACAUCAAGAGCCGCGACGACGUGAUGAAGAUGGGCAUUGGCGCCUACAACGAGGAGUGCCGCAGCAUUGUGAUGAGGUACUCGAAGGAGUGGGAGAAGACCGUGAAGCGGCUGGGUCGCUGGAUUGACUUUGAGAACGACUACAAGACGCUGGACCCCAGUUUCAUGGAGUCGGUGUGGUGGGUGUUCAGCCGCCUGUUCGAGAAGGGGCUGGUCUACCGCGGUUUCAAGGUGAUGCCGUUCUCCACGGCCUGCUCCACGCCGCUGUCCAACUUCGAGGCGGGACUCAACUACAAGGACGUCAGCGACCCGGCAGUCAUGGUGUCCUUCCCCAUCGUGGGCGACGCCGACGGCGCCUCGCUGGUGGCCUGGACUACCACCCCCUGGACCCUGCCCUCCAACGUGGCGCUGUGCGUGCACCCCGAGCUGAUCUACGUCAAGGCCCGCGACAACGACAAGAAGAAGGUGUACAUCGUGGCGGAGGCGCGGCUGGCGGCGGUGCCGGGCGCUGUGCCCAAGCCCAAGAAGGGAGCCAAGAAGGACGACAAGCCCGAGGGCGGCUUUGAGAUCCUGGCCAAGAUGCCCGGCAGCGAGCUGGUGGGGCUGCGCUACACGCCGCUAUUCCCCUUCUUCUCCGCGCUGGCGGCGGCGGAGGGCAGCAGCAAGGGCGCCUUCCGUGUGGUCAGCGACACCUACGUCACCGACGACAGCGGCACAGGCGUGGUGCACCAGGCUCCCGCCUUCGGUGAGGACGACUACCGCGUGUGCCUGGCGCACGGCGUGUGCGAGAAGGGCGACUCGCUGCCCUGCCCCGUGGACCUCAACGGCCGCUUCACGGAGGAGGUCGGCCAGUUCAAGGGCCUCUACGUGAAGGACGCGGACAAGGAGAUUGUGGCCGUCAUCAAGGAGGCGGGCCGCCUGGUGGAGGCCGGCAGCCUGACGCACAGCUACCCCUUCUGCUGGCGCUCCGACACGCCGCUCAUCUACCGCGCCGUGCCCAGCUGGUUCGUCAAGGUGGAGGAGAUCAAGGAGCGCCUGCUGCACAACAACACGCUGACGUACUGGGUGCCGGCGUACGUGAAGGAGAAGCGCUUCCACAACUGGCUUGAGAACGCGCACGACUGGGCUGUGUCGCGCAGCCGCUUCUGGGGCACGCCCAUCCCCAUCUGGGCGUCGGAGGACGGCGAGGAAAUUGUGGUGAUCGGUUCCAAGGAGGAGCUGGAGCGGCGCACCGGCGAGAAGGUCACGGACCUGCACCGCCACUUCAUCGACCACCUCACCAUCCCCAGCUCCCGGCCCGGCCAGCCGCCGCUCAAGCGCGUGGACGACGUGUUCGACUGCUGGUUCGAGAGCGGCUCCAUGCCCUACGGCCAGCUGCACUACCCCUUCGAGAACAAGGAGCUCUUCGAGAACAACUUCCCCGCGGACUUCGUGGCGGAGGGCCUGGACCAGACGCGCGGCUGGUUCUACACGCUCAUGGUGCUGUCCACGGCGCUGUUCGACAAGCCCGCCUUCAAGCACCUGGUGUGCAACGGCCUGGUGCUGGCGGCGGACGGCAAGAAGAUGAGCAAGCGCCUCAAGAACUACCCGGACCCCACGGAGGUACUGGACAAGUACGGAGCGGACGCCCUGCGCCUGUACCUGAUCAACUCGCCAGUGGUGCGCGCAGAGACCCUGCGCUUCAAGGAGGAGGGCGUGUUCGCGGUGGUGAAGGACGUUUUCCUGCCCUGGUACAACGCAUAUCGCUUCCUGGUGCAGAACAUUCUGCGCAUGGAGGGCGAGAGCGGCGCCAAGUUCGUGCCGGUGCCGCCCGAGCAGCUGCAGCCCACCAACGUGCUGGACCGGUGGAUCGGCGCCGCCUCUCGCUCGCUCAUUGCCUACGUGGCUGCCGAGAUGGGCGCCUACCGCCUGUACACGGUGGUGCCCUACCUGGUCAAGUUCAUCGACAGCCUCACGAACGUGUACGUGCGCUACAACCGCAAGCGCCUCAAGGGUGCCAAGGGCGCGGAGGACACCAGCACCUGCCUGUCCUGCCUGUUCAACGUGCUGCUGGACGUGUGCAAGGUCAUGGCGCCCUUCACGCCCUUCCUCACAGAGUCCAUGUACCAGAACCUGCGCACCGCGCUGCCGGCCGGCGCGCCCGAGUCCGUGCACUGGUGCGACUUCCCUGCCACGCGCGCCGCCCAGUCGGGCGACGAGCGCAUCCAGCAGUCGGUGGACCGCAUGCAGCGCGUCAUCGAGCUGGGCCGCACCAUCCGCGAGCGCCGCAACAAGCCGCUCAAGAGCCCGCUCACCAAGCUGGUGGUGGUGCACAGCGACGCCGACUUCCUGGCGGACAUCCAGGGCGAGCUGCGCGAGUACGUGGAGAGCGAGCUGAACGUGCGCUCGCUGGAGACGUGCGCCGACCCGCUGCAGUACGCCACCCUGCGCGCGCAGCCCGACUGGCAGAUCCUGGGCAAGAAGCUGGGCAAGUCCAUGGGCGCCGUGGCGGCCGCCAUCAAGGACCUGACGGACGCCCAGAUCCUGGACUUUGAGAAGAGCGGCACCCUCAGCCUGGCGGGCCACACCAUCGAGGCCGGCGAGAUCAAGGUGCUGCGCGACUUCCGCGCCCCCGCCGGCAUGUCGGCGGACGACGUGGACGCCAACGGCGACGGCGAGGUGCUGGCGGUGCUGGACCUGCGAGUGGACGACAGCCUGCUGGCGGCGGGGCUGGCGCGCGAGGUGGUCAACAGAUACCAGAAGCUGCGCAAGGCCGCGGGCCUGGUGCUGAGCGACAAGGUGGACAUGUUCUACGACCCGGCCGCAGGCACCGAUGUGGCGGCGCUGGAGGCGGUGCUGGCCGGACACGCGGAGUAUCUGCGCGAGUCGCUGGGCGUCAACGUGCUGCCCGCCUCCUCGCGGCCCGCCGGCAGUGUGGUCAUUGCCUCGGAGAAGACCACCAUCGGUGGCGCCGACGGCGCGGCAGCCUACCCCUUCACCGCGUUGCUGGCCACGCCCGCGGCCGCGCUGCCCGCGGCGGCGCUGCUGGCGGCAUGCGGCGGGAGCGAGGAGCUGGCGGGCGAUGUGGCGGUGGUGGUGGCGAGCCGGGACCUCGGGAAGCUCCAGGCAGAGGCGGCGGCGGCGGGGGGCAAGGUGGUGGUGCGUGUGAACGGGUCAGAGGUGACGUUGCGGGUGGGGAGUGAGCUGUUUUUCUCUGCGUCGGCGUCUGUAGGCGGCAGCGCAUGAGCUAGCGGGCUGCGUGGCAGUGUGGGUUGGAGUGCUAGGGUGGAUGGCGUGUGAGCGUGUGCGAGCGUGUGUGAGAAACAGGGACGCGAGGCAGAACUGGAGUGCUGAAAUGACAGGGGCAAGGCGGACAGAGCAGGAGUGGGCAGCAGGUGAGCAGAAGACGUGCGCAGGUUGCGGCGGUGGAUGACUGCGGCAGGGCGCGAGGGCGGUAGAGCAACAAUAGCUAGGAGCUUGGGAAGAUCGAGGAAUGACAGCUAAAGCAGGAUGUCUCAAAUGCGACUAUGCAGAGAAGAGCGGAUGAUCAAGGGACGCAUGGAGGCACCGCAGCUGGAAACCGGAAACCGGAUACCAGCGGUAUGCAUUGUGUAAUUUGACAAGGCA